AUGUCGGAAAUACUCACUGACGACCAGGUCGCCAACCUGAUCGCCCUCCUCCGCGCCGAUGUCUCGAUCGAUACCAAGGUCCAACAGGUCACGGUGGUGAAAUCGAGCAUUAAGCAGCAUAUGGUUCCCGAAUCCUGCAUAGUACCGGUAUUCGAAGCUCUACAUCUAGCCUCUAGCUCUCAACAUGCCCUCCUCGUCAAUGCCGGCUUCACAGCGCUCAAUCACCUCUUCACCCGACUAGUGAGGCAGGACCCCAGGUCUCUGACCAAAGAGGGCACUCGUGCAUUACCCCUGAUCGUCGAAAAGUUGGGCGACCAGAAGGAGAAGUUCCGCCAGCUGGCCUCCCAAGCUUUGGCCACUCUUUACAAGGUGGCCCCGGUCGAAGUCGAGCGCUCAGUGCGCAACAUCGCCAUGGUUGGCAAAAACGCGAGGGCAAAGGAGGCCAGUCUACAUUGGCUACUCCAGAUGCACCAGGAACAAGGCCUGCAAUUCCGAGCCUAUGUCCCUACCAUGAUGGAGCUCCUCGAGGAUGCCGACGGCAUGGUGCGCGAUGUAGCCAAGUCAACCGUCAUCGAAUUGUUCAGAAACGCGCCCGGCCCCGCAAAAUCAGAUUUGAAAAAGCAACUCAAGAACUUCAAGGUCCGCCCGGCCAUUGAGCAGGCUAUCGUCAAGGAACUCAACCCAACAAGUUCCGCUCCAGCUUCGCAGCCUGAUCCGGAGUCCGUCGAGCCGUCCUACGUUAACACGACGCGCGAACUCGAUGAGAUCUUCCGGGAGAUGCAUGGUUACUUCGAGGGCAAGGAGACGGAGCAAAACUGGCUGAAGCGGGAGGAGAGCGUAACUAAGUUGCGGAGACUCAUAGCUGGAAAUGCUGCGACCGACUUCCACGACCAAUUUCUUACUGGACUUCGGGCGCUCCUCGACGGCAUAAUCAAGGCUGUCGUUUCUCUCCGAACCAGCCUUUCCAAGGAGGGCUGCAGUUUAAUCCAGGAAAUCGCCAAGGCCUACGGCCCAGCGAUGGAUCCCAUGGUGGAAAUCCUCAUGCAGACCUUCAUCAAGCUCACCGCCGCGACCAAGAAGAUUGCAUCUGCACAGGCCAAUACUACGGUGGACACCAUCAUAUCCAAGGUUACUUACAACAAUCGGAUCAUGCAGCAUGUCUGGCUCGCGUGCCAGGACAAGAACGUCCAGCCGCGGCUCUAUGCUAGCGGCUGGUUAAGGACGCUACUAGCGAAGGAAGCUCACCACAAGAACCACGUGGAACACACUGGAGGCCUAGAUCUGAUCGAAAAGUGCAUCAAGAAGGGCCUUUCUGAUGCCAAUCCUGGUGUGAGGGAGAAGAUGCGUGCGACAUACUGGAUGUUCGCGGGCGUCUGGCCUGCAAAGGCGGAGGCUAUCAUGAACGGGCUCGACUCGACUGCCGCAAGGCUGCUGCAGAAUGACCCCAACAACCCCAAAUCGCCUAAGAAGCCGGAGGGGGGUGCGCGACCUGGCCUGGGGUUGUCCAAGAGCACGAUGGGUACCUCGAAGCCGAGUGUGCGGGAGGCUAUGAUGGCGCAGAAACGAGCCAUGACCACCAAAACUGUUCCAACUCGGCCGGGUUCAGCCAUGUCGCAUUUCUCGCCCGCCAAGUCGGUCUCAAGUUUGUCACAACCACCACCGGCAGCCCCUACUGUGCGUGCAAGGCCGGAGUCUGCCAUGUUAGGCUCCACAGGCGGUAUCUCUGGUGCGCCUAUGAGGCCUGGGAGGAGAAAGGUCGAGACGGCUCGGCCGGCAACAGCGGGGCCGUACUCGGUUAGAAGCCACGACCAACCCUCAGCCGAGCAGACAAGCCCUCCGAGCAGACCAAAACCGAAAGCCGUCACGCCCAAGUCCAUCACUUCAUCGCCAAAACGGACGGCCCCCAAGAUGGCUCGGUCGGCCACCGUUUCGGGAGAGCCCCAACUCCCGACGCCUACUAGGGCCGGGUCACCAAAAGUCAUGGGAUCGCCUCGGGCCACUCCCUCUAGGAGUGUGCCGCCGACCGUUGCCCCGCCGUCAAGCAGCCCAUCUAAAAGACAUGAAGAUUUCAGCUUGGUCGUGCCCAUCAUGACAAGUAGUGCAUCGCCUCCCCGGGAGGAACAGAGAUUCGUGAAACCCGUCGAGGAUGAGGACAUGGACAUGAGCCCAUCGGACACUCCCUCUAAACCUGGUCAGCAUUCACCAGAUGCGCCAGCCAGCCCGCCUCAAACGGUUGCGGCUGUCGAUGAGGAACCGAUUUCCAUAACGACUCCCCUGCGAAGCGUCGAAGUUGCGGUGCCUUCCCCGCCUAGCGCCUCGCGUUCGUUAGAGGUUUACGAGGAUCCCUUGACCCGGGAGCAGCUGACGACGCCGAAACUCAUCUUCGGGCCCGUCUUAGAAGACAGAUCAGUCAACGAGGACGCAGCGAUUCUGCAACAAGCUGUGCGGCAACAGCAAGAACAGCAGCAGCAGCAACAACAACAAAACGGUGCGGCCAACGGAAUGGCUCUCUCUCCAGAGAAGCUCAAACAAAACCAGCGCCUCCUCGACAGCGGCAUCUCCAAGGUCCAACAAAGGUCCCUCGACGUCCACGGCUUCCGCAAGCUGCAGGGCAUUAUCCGCGACAGCGACACCAAGCCCACCACCGGCACCGCGCUCCUGACCGACGAUAAGUUUGACGCUCUGGUCGCGGGCCUCUUCGAUUUCCUGGAGUCGCCGCUCACUAACCUCGCCCCCGAGAAAACCCAAGAUGUCAAGGCGCAGGUGCUCGCGACCAUCAAGCUGCUCCUCAAGCGCACGCGGGCCUCGUUCCAGCCGCACGUGUCGCGGGGGCUCGAGAGCCUGCUGCGCGCCCGCGCCGUCUACGAAGGCCGCACCCACAUCGUCAGCGGCCUCGAGCUGCUGGCCGCCGACCUCGCGGGCCUCGGCGACGCCAGCGAGAUUGUUCUCGUGCUCUGCCGCAUGCUGUCAGACCUGGACGUCGACAGCGCCGCCCAUGCCGCCGCCGGCGGUGUCGGAGGAGGCGCUGGCCGCUCGCUCAGCAUGGGUUUGCACGUGCUGCGCGAGAUGCUGGACGCGCGCGGCGCCGCCUUCGUGCCGAGCGAUGCUGAGCUUGCCGCGCUGGCGGCGCUGGCGGGCGGCUGUCUCGAGAGCCUCGAGUCAGCGGUGCGCAUGGACGCGGUGCUGCUGUGUGUGGCGCUGCAUGCGCGUGUGGGAGAUGCGCGCUUUUGGGAGGCGCUGAAAGGCGUGAAGGAGGACCCGAAGAGUCUCAUCACGUAUUAUAUCGUCAAGCGGCAGAGGGAGGUUGGCGCGGCUGGGGUUGGGCAGGCUGCAUGA